GCUGUGCUUUAUUCUGAAACGCCCAACCGGAUGUAGUCUGUGUGUUUUGUGUCCGGUUUGACAGACAGGGCAGCGGUCCGUUCAGCUUCAUUUAAACUUUCCUCCGCUGAGGACCGAACCACACGGACUCUCUCAGCAGCUCAAACGCAGUCUGGUCGUGGUCUGUCGGCCAUGGCUUCCGUCACCUGCCGGGUCCAGUUCCUGGAGGACUCGGACCCGUUUAUCUGCACGAACUUUCCCGAACCCCGAAGACCUCCCACGGUGACAUUGGAGGAGGACCAGCCGCUGAGCGAGCAGAUCACCGUAAUCCACAAGUUACUUGGGGCGCCCCUGAAGGCAGAAGACUGCACCCUCCAGGUCUCUCCGAGCGGGAACUACCUGGACUUGGACUCGUCUCUGGCUGAGCAGCGGGACGAGUUAGAGAGUUUCUACGAAGAUGUGGCGAAAGGAAAGAAGCCCAUCCUGAUCCUGAGGACUCAGCUCUCCGUGCGUGUCCACUUGAUCCUGGAGAGGUUGUACAACUCCAAAGGCCCAGAACUUCGGCGGUGUCUGUUCUCCCUCAAACAACUCUUUCAGGAUGAUAAAGAUCUGGUCCCAGAGUUUGUGGCCUCUGAAGGGUUGACGUGUUUCAUUAAAGUUGGAGCUGAAGCCGACCACAACUACCAGAACUACAUCCUGAGAGCUCUCAGUCAGAUCAUGCUGUUUGUGGACGGGAUGAUCGGAGUGAUAAACCACAACGAGACGGUGCAGUGGCUCUACAUGCUGACAGGAAGUCUGUCUCGUCUGCUGGUGAAAACGGCCCUGAAGCUUCUCAUCGUGUUUGUCGAGUAUUCAGAGUCCAACAGUCCUCUGGUCAUCAACGCAGUGAACAGGGUGGACACGAAGAGGGGUGUGAAGCCUUGGACUAACAUAAUGGAAGUUCUGGAGGAAAAGAACAGCGCCGACACAGAGCUGCUGAUUUUCACCAUGACGCUCAUUAACAAGACUCUGGCGGCGCUCCCAGAUCAGGACUCCUUCUACGAUGUAACCGACUGUCUGGAGCAGCUGGGAAUGGAGACCAUCAUCCGGAAACACAUGAGCAACAAGGGGACAGAGCCGGACCUGAGGGCCCAGUUCUCCACCUAUGAGACGGCUCUGCGGCACGAGGAUGACGACAUCGAUGACUCCACCCCACACGUCCGUAAAGAGAGAAGAAAGAUGGCCGCCAGCGACCAAGAGGGAAGGAGGAACCGCCGCUCGUCCAGCCAGAAUCUCCCUGACCUCCUGUCCUCCUCCCCCACCUCCGCUGCUGUCCUCUCCCCGUCCUCCACCGUAUCCACUCCAUGUGUCACGCCGACACUCGGCAGCCAGGCCUCAUCCCCGCUGUCCUCUGAACCCGGCAGCUCCGCCUCCAGUCCUUCCGGAUCCCGGAAGAGCUCGCCUCUGCCCCCCCAUGCAGCAGCCAACAGUGACGUGUCCACAGAGCCGGACACGAAGACCCCACCCAGCCCGAGUCGCUCUUUCCUCAGCCACCACAUGUCUGCUCUGGGUCUGAGCAGAAGGUCCAGGCUCUUCUCCAAAACCAGCUCCAUCUCUGAAGAGCCUCCGUCCAGCCGCAGCUUGUCUCCAUCGGACCUUUCGCCUCAGGAAACAGAGCCGUCCCAGCAGAACUCUGAGCAGCCCGACAUCAAACAGGAGCCCAGACCUCGUCUGAACCCAGUGGAGGCUGAGGAAGUCUUCUGCCCAGAGGACUGUGAUGUUAAUCUGAACAAACCGGUUCUGAGGAAGCUCCAAGGCGCCUUCCUGCGCAGCCUGGCAGCCACUCAAUGGGAGAAGAAGAGGAGAAGUAAACACCUGACCCAAUCACAGCUGCCCAUUUCUGAUGAUGUGAUAACGCCAAGCCCCCACACAGCAUCUGAGCCAAGCGAAAGCACGGCAUCUGGACAUCCCGCUUCAGCAUCCGGCAGCUUGGACACAAACUCAAACUCCCAGAAUGAUCCAGCAGUUCCUGUGCAGCGGCAGUGCAGCACGCUGUCUGAUGAGAAGAUGUUUGUGCUGGACAUGAUUUACUCCAACUCCUCUGCCACAGUGCCUCAGAGCCCAACUGGUGCUGUACCUGGCACCACUGAAGAAGAACACAGCUUCACGGCUGGUGAAGAUCUUGGUGGCCGUGUGUCAGAGCCAAUGUCCAACUUUAGAGCAUGCCUAGUGGAGUCCACUGGUGGAGCCAAUGAGAGCAGUGCUUCCCGAAGGGCGGAGCUGGGCGACCUGGAAGGCUCGGCCCAGGCGGCCCGGGCCCGGCUGGCAGAGGAACAGAAGAACCGUCUCGUCCGACAGCAGACCAGCGUGGAGGUGGAGACUCCUGGCCGUCGCUUGGAGAAGAUGGCCCCUCUGGGUCCUGCCGAUGCCUGGGACCAGCUGCAGCCGAGCGGUUCCGACCUGCGGAUCAAAGACCUGGACUUCUCCGACCUCCUGGAAGAGGAGGACAUUGAUGUCCUGGACAUGGACAGCUAUGACUCAACUCCUUCUUCCUCCCGUUCCUCAAAUGUUCCUCCUUCUCUGAGAGGAGGUGCUAUUCCUCCUCCUCCCCCUCCCCCCCUCCUGGGUGCUGCUCCUCCCCCUCCUCCUCCUCCCCCCCUAGGAUGUGGUAUUCCUCCGCCUCCCCCCCCUCCCCCUCUCCUGGGAGCUUCUCCCCCUCCUCCCCCCGGCUUGUCCUCAGAACUGAUGAAGAAGAAGAAGACCGUGAAGCUGUUCUGGAAGGAGCUGAAGCAGGCAGAAAGUCCUCAGAAGUGUCGCUUCGGUCGGGGGACGGUGUGGGCAUCUUUGGACAAGGUGGAGGUGGACACCUCCCGCCUGGAACACUUGUUUGAGUCCAAGGCCAAGGAGUUGCCUGUUUCCAAGAAAGGACCAGAGACCAAAAAGUCUGAGAUUCUGGUUCUGGACCCAAAGAGGAGCAACGCCAUCAACAUAGGUUUGACCGUGCUGCCCGCCAUCCAUGUCAUCAAGAGCGCUAUUCUCGGCUUCGAUGAGUUCGCCAUCAGCAAGGAGGGGAUCGAGAAGAUCCUGACCAUGAUUCCCACUGAGGAGGAGAAGCAGAAGAUCCAGGAGGCUCAGGUGACCAAUCCUGACGUUCCCCUGGGAACAGCAGAGCAGUUCCUCCUAACCCUUGCCUCCGUCAAUGCCCUGACCCCCCGUCUCCAGCUCUGGGCCUUCAAACUGAACUACGAGGCCCUGGAGAAGGAGAUUGCGGAGCCGCUGUUUGACCUGAAGCUGGGCAUGGAGCAGCUGGCAUCCAAUCGGACCUUCAGGAGGAUCCUGGCGACGCUGCUCGCCAUCGGAAACUUCCUCAACAGCUCCAACGCCAAAGGGUUCGAGCUGAGUUACCUGGAGAAGGUGGUGGAGGUGAAGGACACCGUCCAUCGUCACUCUCUUCUUCAUCACACCUGCAGCCUGGUGAUAGAAAACUACCCAGAAUCCACAGACAUCUACUCCGAGAUCCCUGCCAUCACCCGAUCCGCUAAAGUUGACUUUGACCUGCUGGCAGAGAACCUGGUCCAACUGGAGAGACGCUGCAAAGCAUCAUGGGACAACCUGAAGGUGGUGGCCAAACAUGAGACCAAGGCAGUACUGAAGAACAGAAUGACAGAGUUCCUGAAGGACUGCACACAGAGAAUCAAGAUUCUGAAUGUGGUCCACAGAAGGGUCAUCAACAGGUUCCACUCCUUCCUGCUGUUCCUGGGUCAGCCGCCCUCCUCUAUCCGAGACCUCAAGGUCACCAGUUUCUGUCGGAUCAUCAGCGAAUUUGCUCUGGAAUACCGAACCACCCAAGAACGAGUCCUCACCAUCCAACGGAAACGAGCCAUCCACCGAGAACGAACCAAAACCAGGGGAAAGUUGAUCACUGAGACGGAAAAGUUUUCGGGGGCGGUGCCUCAUCAGGACACCCCCUCACCUGUCUCCAUGGCAGCAGAACCGGACUUUGAUCAGGAGGAGGAGCACGAAAACAUGAAGAACCUGCUGAUCAGCAACAACAGCCUAACUGUAAAUCCUGGAGGCCUGCGGCGAUCCAGAGCCGUUCGCAGUCUUGGCAGGCUGAGUCCGACUAACCUGCCUGUUGCCAGAGAAGAUGGGACCAACCCUCCGGACGACGCCACAGAUGACAUUAUGGAUCGACUGGUGAAGUCUGUGACCCGGAACCCCACAGACAGAGCCGCCAGCCCUAAGAGCCGUAAACGGUCCCGCCUCAACAGGAAGUCCAUGAGGAGGACUCUAAAGAACGGUCUCGAUCUCAACGUGGUCCAGGCUCUGGGUCUGCACGCCACCAAGACAGGAGACAAAGUCUGAUCAUCCAUUAAAGUAUUACGGGCUGAUCUGGGAGCAGCUGCAUGUUUUUAACCCAACAAACCAUCCUGGCGUGGAAGAUCUUCCAGCCUCCUUCACAGAUCGGAGCCCAGAGCUGAAGCUGAUCAUCAGGAGGACCUCCUCUUGCCGCCUCCAUGCAUUCAGACCUUCUGAGGCAGCAGCUCCUGUCUGAUGAUAUUCUGUGUUUUAUCUUCUGAUCUCCUGCUCCAGUCUGAGUGUUUUUAGAUGAACCUUCAGAGCAGCUAAACACCAACAUGAGCGCAGACUUCGUGUUUUGUUCCUGCUGAUCUGUUUGUGCUGCACACCACACCAAGAUUUAACUUCCGGGUCAUUGGUUCUGAUCCAGAAAAGGGUGCAGUUUGUCAACCAGAAGAAGAGUCACAAAUCAGAACAAUGAUUGAAACUGGAUCAGAACAAUGAUGAUGAUGUUUACCUGCAGAAUCAUCUACCUGCAUGACAGCUUUUAAAUGUUUGCUGUAAAUUAGCUGAGUCUUCUCAGUUUGUAGUUGGCCUCCUCAGGGUUCGAUCAAAUGUUCUCCUCAGGUUUCUGCUGCUGAGAUGAGAACAUUAUGUUGGUCCAGCUCCGAGGUUCCUGUGAAGGCUCCUGCAGCUCUGUCUGAGUUUCCGGACCUCUGUUUCUGUCUGUAAUAUUUAACUUCUCCACGGUGUAGCACAAACUGCCACUCAAACAUCACAGAAGACCUCUCACGUUCACAGCGUUGUUGCUCUUAGAGCUGAGGUGCUUCAGAACUUUGAAGUUCCUGCCAACACUCCGGUUCCCUCUGGUAUACGUUCAGAGAGGGAACGUUUCUGAGUCAUAUGAAGCUGGUACCAAAGGUCGAACCCGUCACCUGCCACCAGGUGUGUUUCUGUGAGUUCACUGGUUUUUGCACUUUGAGAUGUUCAGGUGUUCUUCUUCAUUGAGAUGAGGUGAUGAAGACUCAGCUUUAACUUGAAGAGUGAGGUGGAUGUUUUGGCUAUUAUGAAAUGUAAGAUUGAAUGUGUUUCUGCUGUCAAUAAAGAGUUUUAAUAAAUCCUA